AUGGCCCUGAGCGCGCCGGCGCUGCUCCGCUGGCUGCUGGAGAGCCGCCACUCCAGGAAGCUCAUCCUGUUCAUCGUGUUCCUGGCGCUGCUGCUGGACAACAUGCUGCUCACCGUCGUGGUCCCUAUCAUCCCAAGUUACUUGUACAGCAUUAAUCAUGAGAAGAAUGCCACGGAAAUCCAGACUCCCAAGCCAGUGCUCACCACCUCUACCUCAGACAGCUUCCAGAGCAUCUUCUCUUAUUAUGACAACUCCACUGUGGUCCUGGGGACUAGCAGCCCCAAAGGACCCCCCGAGGGGCUGCUGCAGCUGGCCACCACGCAGCACCCGGUGACUAAUACAUCUGCUGCGCCUCCUGACUGUCCCAGAGAAGACAAAGCUCUCCUGAAUGAAAAUGUGCAAGUUGGCCUGCUUUUUGCCUCUAAAGCCACCAUCCAGCUCCUGACCAACCCCUUCAUAGGGUUGUUGACCAACAGAAUUGGCUACCCAAUUCCAAUGUUUGCGGGAUUCUGCAUCAUGUUUGUGUCCACGAUCAUGUUCGCCUUCUCCAGCAGCUACGCCUUCCUGCUCAUCGCCAGGUCGCUGCAGGGCAUCGGCUCCUCCUGUUCGUCUGUGGCUGGGAUGGGCAUGCUGGCCAGCGUGUACACGGACGACGAAGAGAGAGGCAACGCCAUGGGUAUCGCCCUGGGAGGCCUGGCCAUGGGGGUGCUAGUGGGCCCCCCCUUUGGGAGCGUGCUCUAUGAGUUUGUGGGGAAGACAGCUCCGUUCCUGGUGCUGGCUGCCCUGGUGCUCUUGGAUGGAGCUAUUCAGCUCUGUGUGCUCCAGCCAUCCCGGGUCCAGCCAGAGAGCCAGAAGGGGACACCGCUAACCACGCUGCUGAAGGACCCGUACAUCCUCAUCGCUGCAGGGUCCAUCUGCUUUGCAAACAUGGGGAUUGCCAUGCUGGAGCCAGCCCUGCCCAUCUGGAUGAUGGAGACCAUGUGUUCCCGAAAGUGGCAGCUGGGCAUUGCUUUCUUGCCAGCUAGUAUCUCUUAUCUCAUUGGAACCAAUAUUUUUGGGAUGCUCGCACACAAAAUGGGGAGGUGGCUUUGUGCUCUUCUAGGAAUGAUAAUUGUUGGAAUCAGCAUUUUAUGUAUUCCUUUUGCCAAAAACAUCUAUGGACUCAUAGCUCCCAACUUUGGAGUUGGUUUUGCAAUUGGAAUGGUGGAUUCGUCAAUGAUGCCCAUCAUGGGCUACCUGGUCGACCUGCGGCAUGUGUCUGUCUACGGCAGUGUGUAUGCCAUUGCAGAUGUGGCGUUCUGUAUGGGAUAUGCCAUAGGUCCUUCUGCUGGUGGGGCUAUCGCAAAGGCAAUUGGAUUUCCAUGGCUCAUGACCAUUAUUGGAAUAAUUGAUAUUCUUUUUGCUCCUCUCUGCUUUUUUCUUCGAAGUCCACCUGCCAAGGAAGAAAAGAUGGCUAUUCUCAUGGAUCACAACUGCCCCAUUAAGACCAAAAUGUACACCCAGAAUAAUAUCCAGUCGUAUCCGAUCGGUGAUGAUGAAGAAUCUGAAAGUGACUGAGAUCCUCAAAAGUCAUCAAAGUAUUUAAUUGUAUAAAACCGUGUUUCCGGUGAAACGACUCCUCCAGAACUGUCUUAGUCAUACCAUUCACCCCUGGUGAAAGCAAAACAACCAGAGGUUAUUCAGUCUUCUCCGUGGUUGUGAUUGAUUGCCAACAGCCUUAUAAAGAAAAAGCAGCUUUUCUAGGGGCAUCAGUUAAAAUUCAGCUCUUUCAAAUGCAUCGGUUUCAGCAGCAUGCUUGGAUGUCACUAAAACUUCUGUGGUGUCAUCCAUCCAUACACACCAGCCACUUACAGACAUUGGCCUUCCAGGUCAUCAUUGCAAUCAGCCGGUCUCCCCGUUGAAGAUCUGCAAGUGCAGCAGGCGAGUUUGGGGCCACAGUCUCAAUUAUGACAUGCCCAGCGUACCCGUCAGUUGACUGGACAAGACGAAGUAGACGAGGGAAUAACUUGUUCCAAAGGCAGAGAACUAGAGUCAAAGAGGCCAGAUCUGAACCCAACAGUGGUGAGAAUGGUACAGUAAUUAAGAACACCAACUCUGGAGCCUCACUGCCUGGGGUGUGCAGACUGUCUUCACCACUUGCUGCUACCUGGGGGAUCUGGAAAAUGAGGUUUUGACUGGGAAGUAGCAGUGAAGAGAAAGAAAAGUACCACUCAAGUCAAAACAGAGAGAUAAAGUCUAGAAUCCAGGAGGUGAAUUCUUCAUAAUCUAUGGCAAAUCUGAAAUACUAUGACAUCUCCUAAUGCCUUGAACCAUAGUUCCCUCAGAUACCUGCAUAUUGGGCUCUGUAAGACAUGACGUGCUUCUAUUUAUACUGAAUGUAUGACUGCUCCAGUAUCUCCCUUCUGUCCACCUACUGUAAAUUCAGGGACCCAGAAGAUUCCUUUCUAUUUCCUUGUCCGUUUCAAAUAGGAGGAAAUCCAUAUUCUUUUCAAUUACUUGCUUAUAUCCCAAUAUAAUAAAAAUUUCCUUAAAAAUAAGUCCUCAGGCAGACUGGAAUAUUUCCUUAUCAUAAGACUAUGGAUUAGGCACCUAAAAUGCAUUCAUAACCCUUCACCCUUGCCUUCUACUCUACAAAGGCUGAAAAACUAAAAUGAUUCGCCAUAGUUCCUUGCUGUUGGAAACACCGAGUGACUCAGUUCUAUCCAAAUGAUGUAAGUGGAAAUCCAUGGGAGGAGAUUCCAGGAAAGCAAUUAAAAAGGACAAAACCUG